AUGAAGGCAUUUUCGAAACUCGCCAACCGGCUGUCUCUCUACAAGAAAGAGUCACCAGAACCGACACCAAACCAACCAACAACGACAUCUGCUCAACCAUCACCACCGCAAGUUGAUGGCCCCAUCCACGUCCUGUCUGACCUGCACCUCGAGAUCUGCAGCCAGUAUUCCACGUUUAAGGUGCCCAAGACAAGCGCAGCCUAUCUCAUUUUGGCCGGUGACAUCGGCCGGCUGGUCGACUAUGCGCCGCUCUUGGGAUUUCUCGAGGGCCUCGUCUCGUCCUAUCGGCGCAUCUUUUACGUCCUCGGCAACCAUGAGUUCUAUACCUUGACCUAUGAGAAGGGCCUCUCCGAGGCACACCGGCUCGAAAAGGAGCCCAGCCUGAACGGCAAAGUAACCAUCUUGCACCGCACGCGGUGGGACGAGGACGCGCAGGACAGUCCGGUUCCCAGCCUCACGGUCCUUGGCUGCACCCUCUGGACCCAUGUCCCGCCCGAGUCCCGCGACGUCGUCGGCCACGCCAUUCGCGACUUCCAGUACAUCGAGGACUGGACGGUCGACAGUCACAACCAGAUGCACAACGAAGAGGUGGCGUGGCUGCGGCAGCAGGUCGCCGCCCUGCGAACCGCAACCACGGCGGCGGCGGCCAAGCGCACCGUCGUCGUCGUAACACACCAUGUGCCGACCGUCGAGGGAACGUCACGGCCCAAGUAUGCCGGAAGUCUGUGGGCUUCGGCGUUUACGACGGAACUCAUCCUUCCAGGCAGCAAUACCGGCAAUACCGGACAUACCGAAGCAGACGGCGGGCGCGUGGCCGAUGACACAAAACCGUGGGAAGGCGUCGCGGCAUGGAUCUAUGGCCACACGCACUACAGCAACGACUUUGUGCGCGGCGGCGUCCGGCUCAUCGCCAAUCAGCGCGGCCCUGUCUUCCCGCCGAACCCCGACAUUUUCAAGGCAGAGGAUGCUGCCGGUGCUGAUAAGACAGGGCAAUCAGGAAAGUCCAGCUUCCGCAUCAUUGAAAGAAAGGCGCACCAGGACGAGGGGAAAGGGCUGCAUGCGUUUAACCCGGCGAGAACAAUCGCUCUGUAG